AGUCGGCAGACGCGGUCGACACGCCGACCACGCCAGCGGCGUUCGUCAGCAUGUGGAGCCUCUUCGCCGCCGCGUGCCUGCUGACCGUGGCCGGGGCCGGGGUCCGGGCCAGCGCUGACCCGGCCGAGCCCAGGGAGAGCGGGAGACUGGGCGGCGCCUAUGGGGCGCUGUCGCACCAUGUGAGGGACCAGACACACCUGCAGCGGACCUACGGCAGCGAUAGAUCCGCCCGUAUCAUCUGCUACUUCAGCAACUGGGCCAUCUACCGCAAAGGCCUGGGCAAGUACGGCAUCGACGACAUCCCGGCCGAGAAGUGCACCCACUUGGUGUACUCCUUCAUCGGCGUCAGCAACGUCACCUGGGGAACGCUCGUCCUUGACCCAGAGCUGGACGUCGACCAGGGAGGCUUCCAAAAGUUUGUAAGCCUUCGGGACAAACAUCCCGGCUUGAAGACUUUGGUUGCUGUCGGUGGCUGGGGAGAGGGAGGAAAGAAAUAUUCUCAGAUGGCAAGAGAUCCCAGCAAGAGGAAGUCGUUCAUCCAGUCCAUAGUUCGCUUCAUGCGGAAGUACCAGUUCGACGGGUUCGACCUGGACUGGGAGUACCCGGGCGCCACCGACCGCGGCGGCACCUUCAAGGACAAGGACGCCUUCCGUGACUUCGUCGGCGAGCUGAGGGCCACGUUCGACGCGCAGGGCAUGGGCUGGGAGAUCUCCAUGGCCGUGCCGGUGGCGAAGUUCCGGCUGCAGGAGGGGUACCACGUCAGCGACCUGUGCAAGAUGAUCGAUGCCGUGCACGUGAUGACAUAUGACCUGCGAGGGAACUGGGCCGGCUUCACCGAUGUCCACUCGCCCCUUUACAAGCGGCCCUUCGACCAGUGGGCCUACGCGACACUGAAUGUGAACGACGGCCUGAAGCUGUGGGUGUCCGAGGGCUGCUCGCCGGACAAGCUGAUCGUGGGGGUGCCGUUCUACGGGCGCACCUACACGCUGGGCAGCAAGGACAGCACCGGGCUGCGCGCCGGCAUCAAGAAGUGGGAGGGCGGCGGCAAGAAGGGCCCCUACACAAAGGCACGCGGCUUCCUCGCCUACUACGAGAUCUGCCCUCAUGUGGGGGAGGGCGGCAACUGGACCAAGAAGUACGACGACAUCGGCAAAUGCCCCUACGCCUACCACGAUGACCAGUGGGUGGGUUAUGAAGACGAGGAUUCCCUUCAGAUCAAAAUGGACUUCAUCAAAGCCAACGGCUACGGUGGUGCCAUGGUGUGGGCUGUUGACAUGGACGACUUCCAUGGACUCUGCGGAGAGAAAAAUGCGCUCAUGAACGUGCUAUAUCGCAAUAUGAAGGAUUACAAGGUGCCGCAACCGCCGACGACCACCCCCAAACCAGUGCCGAGCUGGAUGACGCCCUGGGAGCUGCCGACCGCCCACCCAGUGGACACCACUCCGCCAUCGGCCGGCGGGUCCGCCACCACCACCGCAACCACUGCAACCACGGCCACCAUAACCACCGAGGCCCCGACUGCCACUUCCACCACCGCGAGCUCUGCCGCCUCUGGCACCACCGAAAGCUCCGCCGCCACGGCCACCACCAGCGACGCCACCACGAGCGCCGCUACCACAACCGCCGCCGCCACAACCGCUGCCAGUGGCAGCGAAAACGGCGUGGCGCCUCCUCCAGCCAGCUGCUCAGAAGGAGCUUACUUCCAGCAUGCCGACUGUGGCAAGUACUACUGGUGCGUCCACGGGGUUCCAUUUGCUAUGGCCUGCCACGAGGGGCUGGUGUUCGACUUCGAGAGCAAGAUCUGCACGUGGCCGGAGGAGGCAGAAAACCCGUGUCCGGCUGGAUUGUCUUCCCCGUCCACAUCGCUGUACGUGCGGGGCAAGUUCAUCCCGUCCUACUCUCAGGACCCGUACUACAACCGCAACGCGUUCAAGUUCCAGGACGACCCGUACGACUAUUUCGAUGACCUAACCGAGACGGAGAAGCUUUUCCGCCGCUUCUGAGCCGAGCUGGCUGACCUCGGGUCGCGGCAGGGUGGGCCGCGGCAC